CUCAAAACAUUCCUCUGCUGUAAAGGACUGUUUGUAUUGCAUGCUGGCCUAAUGUAAAUAUAUUGCAUGGUACUCUCUCCCUGCUGCUCUGGAGUUGCCAUUAUGACAGGAAACAAAUUCCACACUUUCACAAAGGAGAAAGGAGUGAAAGAGUAAAAGUGACCCAAGAGAACUAAGGAGGAAAUCCUGGGGAGUGUGGAGCCUAAGGGAGGUGCAGGGUAGACAAGACAGAGGCUGGCCCUGGUUUUUACAUGUGCAGAAGUUGAACUGCGUGAGGGCCCACAUGAUCACCACAUCGAGGGUACCCGCUGAUAAAUCGGUCCAAAUAGCCUUUAGCCUCAAUGAUUCCACGGAGUUGAAUGAUCCUGACAACUCAUUUCCAUUGGCAUUUCCAGACCUUGACCAGCAAUUACAGCCAUUGCCUCCAUGUCAUGCUUCCGUGGAAUCUGUGCAAGUCUUCAAGGACCACUGCAAAAUGGCCAAAGAAUUCUGUGACGUUAAAAAAGAAAUGGCUUUACUGGAAGAACGCAAGAAAAAGCUGAUGGCUGAGCUGGAUGAUGAUGAAAAGGAGAACCUGGAUGCUGCUCGACUGGAAAGGGAGUUCAGGGAGCUGGCUGAAGAGAAUCAGACUCUUAUUUCGUGCCACAAUCACUACAGUGAACAGCUCGAGAUACUCAGAGUACAGAAUCAAAAACGACAGGGCUCAUCUUAACCUGCUGCUCCAUCAAUUUAAAUGUUAAGCUUCAGUCUUGAUCAGCCUGAACCAUGCAUGUUCUUAAAUGCAUUUACAAUUCAGCUUAUGAUGUGAAUGGUCUUUUCACUGCUAUUCGAGUUCCAUGCCACUGCAGUGAACAAGGGAAAGAGCUGACAUGAUGCUUACAAUAAGAGAUGUUUGAUAUAUGGGACUCUGUCCCACAUUCUACUAGCCCACACUACUAGCAAUAUUUUAAAAUACAGGAAAGUAAUGUUUUAGUGUACACCAGUUGUCAGAUUGAGAUGUUGGUUUUUACUAAUUAAAAAGAGCCAAUCAAGGAUAGUCUCAAACUUAACUAAAACUAUUUGCUUGUUUCUAAUGGAGAGCUUGCUUAAAAAAAAUAUAACAUGAAGUUAAAAAAACACUGUUUCAGACAGCAAAGACAAUUAUUGCAAUUAAUUUGUAGUACAAAUUUGCAUACUAAGGGAUUAUGUUAUCAAAUACAGGUUACUUUACUUUUUAGCUAUUUUUCUAUCAGGUUAAAUUUUCAAUACUGUAACCUACAGUACUAUAUUUGUAUAGUUUUAUUUAAUGGCUAGCAAGAGAACUUUUUACAUGGGUCAGUAGAAUUUAGAUGCAUUGUGUUAAUUAUUUUGAUAUCCUUCUGAAAUCUCAGUGACCGCCUAAAUUAUUUUUGUCUUCGUAGUGUGACAGUAAAAUCAAUUGCAGCAGUCAAAGAUGCAAAAUAAGUUUUUAAGUCUUGACAUUUAUUUGUUAAAUAUAGUUUCAUAGUUCUCGCAACAUUGCUGUUUUUAUUGUUUUCCAUUCUACUUAAAUGCUCAACAACCCUGUGGUGGCCAAGCGGUGCAUCUCGGUGUGUCUCUCGUGGACAUUUCUUCUUUGCAUAUCCUCCCCCGUGUACCCUCCAGUUUUCGUGAUGCUCCGACAAUGUUGUGUGAAUUAUGACUCACCCUGUACACGAGUCAUAAAUGAUUCAUUUUUAUGCAUAUUGGCCAAAAUAGCAUUUUGCCAUUCUCAUGUGCAUUUCUCCAGCAUUAUGUAAAAUUAUAGGUAUAUUACCUUAGGUUAAAAUAAAUUUAAAAAACUGCUUUGUUCAUGUGCUUUGACAAGUCCUUAGCUGUUGUUAAAUCAAACAGCACACAGUGUAUCUCCAGAAACCAAUUUUCCCAUCCCCAGCACCACAAACCUGCACAGGUUUUCCAUUUGUUGGUAGGCCAUAUAAUAUAAUACAUUGGUAGACAUCAGUUAUGUAUUUUUAAAAUAAGAUAUACUGUAUGCACAGUUACCAACAUGUUUUAAUGUUCUUUGGAAAACAUAAUACUAAACAUAAUAGAAAAUCAACAAAAGAACAGUAUUCUGCAAACCUUACAUUUUUAAACAGUUCUCACCAUUGCAGUAUAUUGCUGUAAGUACAUUAAUAGUAAGAUGGUGUCUCUCUGGGAGUUUAGUUAUGGUUACAUGAAGUAUACCCAUCAGCCUGUUAGUUCUGAAAAACUAAGCGUAAAUGCAAUAGUAUUAUUUUCACACAUUGUUAUUAUCACAUGACUAUAUUAUAUUACUUAAACAGUAGAACCCUGGUUACUGGGCUGUAGACAAAAGGUGUGCACUUAACAGACACAGUCAACUGCAAUGGAAAUGGUCCAUUGCAGAGAUGGGAUAGAAAAGCAACAGUACCUUUUUUUUUUAAUUAAAAAAAAAUCAAAUACCAUAAAAUUAAGUAGUGCCUUCUAACAGAGCUUCCUGGGUAGUGGGUGUCUUCUGGGAAUACUGUUACAAUGCACUUCCUAGGUAAUUCCUGUCAGAACCACACACUACACAUUACAUACCUACAGUAUAUAGUAAAUAGAUGUUCAUGUCAUGCAAAAUGUGUGGAACUAUUUUGUUUGCUACAAGCACUGUAGUUUUUUUGGAAGGAGAAAGCAUAAUGUUAAUGUAUCAAAACUAAGACACAAACAUCUUGAGUGCUUAUUAAUGAAAAUCAACUAAUCAUACUGCUUACAUCCCCCAUGAAUCAACUAAUCAUACUGCUUACAUCCCCCAUGAAUCAAUUGAUCAUACUGCUUACAUCCCCCAUGAAUCAACUAAUCAAACUGCUUACACCCCUCAUGAAUCAACUAAUCAAACUGCUUACAUCCCCCAUGAAUCAACUAAUCAUACUGCUUACACCCCCCAUGAAUCAACUAAUCAAACUGCUUACAUCCCCCAUGAAUCAACUAAUCAUACUGCUUACAUCCCCCAUGAAUCAACUAAUCAAACUGCUUACAUCCCCCAUGAAUCAAC